CACCAGUGUUCCUACCGGAAAAUCAACUAAAUUUACAAUGGACGUUCGUCGGCGACCUGUUAAGCCUCUAUACACAUCUAAAGAUGCUUCCGCCGGCGAACCUCUGAAACAACAAGAAGUUUCUUCUCCUAAAGCAUUUGAUGCGCUUCCACUCCCAUUGUACCUAACCAUUGGGUUGUUUUUCACAAUGUUUUUCUCUGUUAUGUAUUUUCUUCUCGUAAGGUGGCGUGAGAAGAUCCGUAAUUCUAUUCCUCUUCAUGUGGUUACCCUUUCUGAAUUGUUAGCUAUAGUGUCAUUGAUUGCUUCCGUUAUAUAUCUUUUGGGUUUCUUUGGGAUUGAGUUUGUUCAGUCGUUUGUGUCCAGGUCGAAUAGUGAUUCAUGGGAUAUUGAGGAUGAGAAUGUUGAGCAACUUAUUAUUGAGGAAGAUAGCCGUCGUGGACCAUGUGUUGCUGCCACUACUCUUGGCUGCGUUGUGCCUCCACCACUUGUUUGGAAAAUUGCCCCAAUGGUUCCACAGCAACCUGCUAAGGUAGCUUUGUCCCAAACGGAGAAGCCUGCGCCAACAAUUAUGCCCGCAUUAUCGGAAGAUGACGAGGAGAUUAUACAAUCUGUUGUUCAGGGUAAAACACCAUCAUAUUCGUUGGAAUCAAAGCUUGGUGAUUGUAUGAGAGCUGCUUCGAUUCGAAAAGAGGCGUUACAGAGGAUUACAGGGAAGUCAUUGGAAGGGCUCCCAUUGGAGGGAUUUGACUAUGAGUCUAUUCUUGGACAGUGCUGUGAGAUGCCUGUAGGAUAUGUGCAAAUACCGGUGGGUAUUGCUGGGCCUUUGUUGCUUGAUGGGAGAGAGUACUCAGUGCCAAUGGUAACUACAGAAGGAUGUUUAGUGGCUAGCACCAACAGGGGUUGCAAGGCUAUCUUUGUCUCUGGUGGCGCCGAUAGCGUUUUGCUCAGAGAUGGGAUGACAAGAGCUCCGGUUGUCCGGUUCUCCACCGCCAAAAGAGUCGCUGAGUUGAAAUUCUUGGUUGAGGAUCCCAACUUUGUUCUAAGAAAUUGGGUGGAUAUUGGGUUAUGGGGUGGAUAG